AUGUCUGAACGGGGUAGAGGCAGAGGUGCAACACGUGGAAGUGGUAGAGGCGGACGUGGUAACGCUAGAGGAGGUCAUACCUUUGGAGGUCCUGAUGCAAAGCCUAAGAAAGAAUCGAUACUCGAUCUCUCAAAGUACAUGGAUAAAAAGAUACGUGUAAAGUUUAAUGGAGGACGCGAGGGUGAGUGCGUAAUUUUCAAGUUCCCCAUAAUUAAGGUAGAUUUGAUGGAAUUUUCAUCACACUUUUCCACUCUUGCCUUGCAAAAUGAAGUAACUGGAUCACUGAAGGGUUAUGAUCCAUUGUUGAAUUUGGUACUCGACGAUACCGAAGAACAAUUGAGAGAUCCCGAAGACAAUCAUCUCUUGAAUGAAGUCCGGUCACUCGGACUAAUCGUUUGUCGUGGUCCGGCCGUAAUAUUAAUAUCACCUAUUGAUGGCACAGAAGAAAUCCCAAAUCCAUUCGUACAAGCAGAAGAUUAG